ACUCGCUGGGAGUGACGUCACGUGAUGCCGGAAGUUUGACCUUCGGCACGUUGGGUCCGAACCUUCGCGGGAGCAGCGGAGCUCGAACUCGCCGGCGUUCAGGAGGAACUUCAAAAUGGAAGGUGACACCGCCGUCCGGAGGCUGAAGUCCUCAUUAAACAACGCGUCUUGUGAAAACAGUGGCACUCCGAGGCGCAGGGAAGGCAGCGGCUGUGAGGACAGGAAGAAAAGACACGAAGGCUCGUUCGGGUUGAGUGAAGGGUUCGCGUGCGCGCUCGUGCUCGUGUUCAUAUGCGCGCUGUGGGUUUCCGUGCACUGGUCACUCAAGCAACUCGUUAUAGGAAAACCUACAGGCGAGUUCAACGCCACAAGGGCAAGGAAGUACCUGGAGCACAUCACCAGUGUGGGGCCUCGACCCACAGGCAGUGCCGAGAAUGAAAUCAUGACCGUAAACUUCCUGCUGGAGCAGGUGGAGCGCGUACGGAGAGGGAGCAUGGAGGGGCCCAACACCAUCACCGUGGAGACGCACAAACACAGCGGCUCGUUUAGCAUCGACUUCCUGGGCGGAUUCACGAGCUGCUACGAUCAAAUCACUAACAUUGUGGUACGGCUCGAACCCAGAGGCGGAGCUCAGCACUUCGUUCUGGCUAACUGCCAUUUCGACAGUGUGCCCAGCAGUCCAGGGGCAAGUGACGAUGCUGUAAGCUGUGCUGUGAUGCUGGAGGUGCUGCACGCAAUAUCCAAUUUUUCUAUUCCUUUACAUCACGGAGUCAUCUUUCUCUUUAACGGAGCAGAGGAGAACGUCCUUCAGGCAAGUCAUGGAUUUAUCACUCAGCAUGAGUGGGUGAAGGAGAUCAGAGCAUUUGUGAAUCUCGAGGCUGCUGGAGUUGGGGGAAAGGAGCUGGUGUUCCAGACAGGUCCAGAGAACCCGUGGCUGGUUCAAGCCUAUGUUAAUGCUGUUAAACACCCUUUUGCCUCUGUUGUGGGGCAGGAAGUUUUCCAGAGUGGCAUUAUUCCCUCAGACACCGACUUCCGCAUCUUCAGAGACUUUGGCAACAUUCCUGGGAUUGAUCUGGCCUUUAUUGAGAAUGGUUAUAUCUACCACACCAAGUAUGACACUGCUGACCGCAUCCUUACAGACUCCAUUCAGAGAGCAGGUGACAAUAUCCUGGCCCUGCUGAAGCAACUGGUCACUACAGAAACGCUGGCUGACCCAUCAGAAUAUCGGCAUGGCAGCAUGGUGUUUUUCGAUGUCUUGGGUGUGGCGAUGGUGGCGUAUCCAGCAAGAGUCGGUUCCAUUAUUAACUAUAUGGUCGCCAUAGCAACCCUCGUCUACUUUGCCAAGAAAUGUAUGCGGCCUAGCAACGUGGGAGGCCGGUACGUGCUGGAACUGCUGUACGGCUCGUGUGUGUUCGUGCUCAGCUGGUUCGUGGUACUGCUCACGGUCCUGAUUGUGGCGCUGAUGGUCACCCUGCUCGGUCGCUCCAUGUUCUGGUUCACUCACUUUUACACCUCCAUCUGCCUCUACGGAUCGGUCGCGGUUGGAAAGAUACUCCUGAUCCACACACUCGCCAAAAACCUCUACUACAGAAACAUGCGGAGGUUGGAUUUAGGUGACUUGUUCUUCGACGUCAGUCUGCUACUGUGGUGCUGUGCCCUUGUGUUUCUCACUCAGCGUGGUCUCUGCUCGGCCUAUGUUCCCAUGCUCAUGGUGUUUUUCCCUCUCGCCACCAAGCUGCUGCUCUCCCGGCACUUUGCACAGAAAGGUGUGUCAAAGUCCUACGUCUUCUUCUACCUAUUGGGAUUGUCUUUCCCCUACGUUCACAUGCUGUUCCUCAUCUGGAUCGUGUUUGAGAUUUUCACACCCAUUAUGGGACGCAGCGGCACCGAAAUCCCCCCCGAUGUGGUGCUCGCAUCACUCAUUGCCAUGGCAACCGCCUUACUCUCCUCUUUUUUGAUUCACUUCCUCUACCUGGCACACAGCACUAAGCGGGUAUUAGCAGCUUUAUGGACGGUUUUUGCCGUGAUGUUCGUCCUGGUUUCCUGCGGACUUUUCUUUCCAUAUUCGGGUGAUCCAGCCAGUCCACGACCCAAACGCGUCAUUAUACAGCACAUCACACGCACUUUUCAUGCUCUGGACGGCUCUUUAGAGAAAACCGAUUCCGGUUUUUGGGUCAACAGCUUCGAUUACACGGGAAUGAGCCACAUCACCCCUCACGUUCCCGAGAUCAACGACACCAUCCGCAUACGCUGCAGCGAAGAGUUACCCUUCUGCGGUUUCCCCUGGUUCCUUCCCGUCAAAUUCCUCAUCAAGAAGAACUGGUAUCUCCCUGCUCCUGCAGUGUCGCCUAAAUCUCCACUGGAGUUUCAGCUGGUAUCUAAACACGUGUCAGAAUGGGGGACGGUCAAGUUGAGCUUCGAAGCUACAGGUCCGAGCCACAUGUCCCUGUACGUCCUGCCCCACAAGGGCUCGUCGCUCACAGGCUGGUCGUUUGCAGACGGGACGCCACAGUACGACCUGAACGGAGAAUAUUUUAUAUUUUACUCUCACGGUGUGGAUGCAGGACCGUGGAGCUUCUGGAUUGAGGUUCAGCCAUCUUCAGAGCAUUCGGCUGAAGAGAGCACGGUCUCCAUCGCCAUUUCAGCUCACUACUUAUUCGGAGACGAUCAGCGCACUCCUGAACUCGAGACGUUUUUGCGGAAAUUUCCGGACUGGGCUUUUGCGACUUCGUGGGUCAGCACUUAUCACAUGUACCUGUACUGAAAGCUGAGCAUCAAACUCCAACAUGACAGCAUUGAAAACGAACCAGAUUCCCAACACCGUAUUUAUUUAACGCUAAACCUGCAUCGGUGUGUCGAUCACGCGUCUCAUCUCACGCCAUGCGAAGUGGUUUUUAAAAGUAAAUUCUAACUCUUGGUGCAGAAACCACACCGUGAUGAAAUUCCAGUAUUUCAGCCAUUUUAACAUUAACUACAGUUAGUAUUGUUCAUCCAUUUUAACACCAACUAAAAGAACUUGAAAGGGGAGCAGGUUGUUAAAACACUGAGUAACGCUUUAUUCACAUCAGAUGGAAUUGUUUGUUGAACAUUUGGUGUCUCCAGUGAGCUGUACAGGGAGUAUAACAGGUGCCGCUAAUGAUGCUUUUUAUUUGUAUUACAGUCUAAAACGAGUUUUUAAUGAACGAACGGUUCUUAUUUGUUUAGAGGCGUGAAAGGGGGCGUGUUUUCUUAUUUCAAGUAGGUCACGUUUUAGUAUUUGUUUACUACAAAGACGACUCGCUUCAACUCAGUGACAGCUCGGCAAUAAAACCAACAAACGGUACAAGGAGUUUCUUUUCAAAAGAAAGGAAAUAUCUUCUCGAUACAGUUUACAAGAUUAAGACUGAGACAGUGCUACACUUAAUAUGUUGAUUUCUUCUAGGUAUAAUUCUAAAAAAAAAAAGUACAGGUUUCUUUACCCGUGUCUCCUGUGCACGGAUCUCAAAUCAGUAAAAGCUCUCUCCGAGGCAUGGGCACCUGAGGACGUGCUCACGUGUUCAACCUUCACAUAUCCAGUUGCUCAAACCUUGAUGUUACCUGUUUGAGGAGAUCACACUAAUCAAAGUUUUCUACAUCUGGCUGCUUAACAGAUUAAAAAUGAAAUGUUUUGUUAAAAAUAAAGGCAAAGAAACCUGACUCGUCGUCCUCAAACCUAGACCAUCUUCACCCGAUCGAAUAACGUUCCUGAAUGUCCACAGUGCAAAAAGAUGAAGACGCGACCCGUUCACACAGUCAGUAGGAUGCUUUUAAAAAUAAUUUAUUGUUCUUUAUGUACAGGAAAAGCUCUAGAAACUUGGUAGAAAAAGUGAAUUGUACAAGAAUCUGUGUCAUUAUAAUAUACACACACACACAAGUUCCUGAUGCAGAGCCGCAUCGUGCACCGCUGCAGAUUCCCCCUUUCACGACGUCACACAGGAGUCAGUUCGUUUUCCGUUCACGCUCAGAAAAAAAAAAAAACCAAAACCUUUGAAAUAAGUACCGCGCCCGUUUAUUAAAAAAAAACCAAUGAAACGAUCAGACACACACAAUGCUGUGUACUCGUUUCUCCAUUGCACCCAUUUUAUCACUUGAGCUUUAACACACUCCACAGAUGCAGGAGAAAAUAAUAAUAGGUGAGAGGGAGGAAUUCAGUUUGCAUAUUCAUGUCAGCUCAACGUUGCAUGUGGGCCUGAAGUCACUUCUUUGGUAAGCAGACUAAAUGAAGCAAUAAAGCAGAUUAGUGGCUAUAAUAUAUAUAUAUAUACACACACGUGUGUGUGUGUUAAAUACAUGUGCUGGAAAUGUUCAACACAGAAGCAGAAAAUUAGGCGAGAUGCAACAGCAAGGCCAACUCGAUUAAGUGACCUGAAGACCAGCGAGAACUGAACAGUUUGGUCCACAUGGAGGGGAAAAAAUAAAAAGACAAACCCAGCUGCUGCUUCCUCACUGCACACGGAUACGAACCGAUAAUAAUACUGACGUGACGCAAAACUUAGAAAGCAAAGCAGUAAAAAAAAAAAAGAAAGAAAAAAA